AUGCCAACCAAGCUCUCUGUUGCAGUUGGAGAUGAACCUACGAAGAUGAUUCCCAAAGAAAAUAUCUCAUCAAUCAGCAAGGAUGCAAAAGUGAAGCACUUACUGCAUUGUGCUCUUGACAAUGCUAUGUCCAACAGGACUGGUGAAUCACUAUCAGAUCAGUAUGACAAGCUUGUUAAACUGUUGAAUGGCUUAUCCAUGGUGGAUAAGGAAUAUGACCCUGAAGAUUCAAACCUAAAAUUCAUACUAGCUCUUCUUGGAAAGUGGGAUGUGAAAGCAACAACCAUAAGAGACAAUCAUGAUCUUGGAGAGAUGUCCAUUGAUGAAAUCUAUGGAAGGCUAAAGACGUAUGAACUUGAGAUGGAACAGAGGAGUAAAAGACAUGGAGGAAAGCCCAAACCUGUUUCCCUGAAAGUUCAAGAAGAGGCUGCUGUUGUGAAAAAUAAAGGAAAAGUUCAUGUCACAAAAAAUGAUACUGAGUCAUCAAACUCUGAUAAUGACACAAACUACGAUAUCUCAGACUCUGAGGACAGUGACACUGAGAUGAUGCAGCUGGCAGCUUUGAUGGUCAAAAGUUUCAAGAAGAUGGCAUACAAGAACUUCAAUAAGGGAAAGAAAUUUACAAGGAAAGACAGAAACUCUGAUAGGAAAGGUUUCAAGAAGAAUGAGGGAAAGGAAGAAAAAUCUGGAAAAGUCGACAAAUCCAAGUUUACCUGCUUCAAUUGUGGUGAAAAAGGUCACUUUGCAACUAAAUGCAAGAAGGUCAAGAAUGACAAAGGACAAGCUUUCAUCACCAACAAAGGAAAUUGGGCAGAUACAUCAGACUCAGAGGAAGAAACUGGCUAUGCAUUGAUGGCAAAUACUGAUAACAACUCUGAGACUGCUGAAACCAAGGUACCUCAUUCUACUUUUGCUUUUGACACUAAAGAUAUAACUGAAUUAAGAUUGUUUCUUAAAAGCUUGCAUAUCAGUUAUAGAGAUCAUACUUUAGAAAAUGAAAGAUUAAAAUCUGAAAUCUUAGAUGUCAAUAAAAGAAAUGAUUUUAUUAAGAAAGAAUUAGUCCAGAUGUUAGAAGUUCAGAAAGAAAGGGAUGAUGCUAAUAUCUUAGGUAGUGGAAACUGGAAGAAAGGAUUAGGUUACACUGAGAAAGGGGAUGAAACUGAGUCAUCAAAACCAGAGUUUGUUAAGAAAAUUGAGAAACCUGAUGUUACACCAGUGAGAUUUGUUGCAGAGUCUACAAAGUCAACAAAGGAAAUUGCUAAAUCAGAGACCAAAACCAAAUCAAAGUCUCAUAAACCCAAGCAAGUAAGCAUAGGUUUAAUGACUCAGAAACAGCUUAAGAACAAGCCCAAGGAGGUUAUACAAGAAAACAAGGCUAAGGAACCUAGGAAAAACAGAAAUGAAAAGAAGAAUAGGGACAUAAAUACUAUGUCUCCCAAAUUAGAAGUUAAGACUAGGAUUGUUAGGUUUAGACCCGAGAAUCCUUGUUUUCAUUGUGAAUUUGUGGAGAAGGCUGACCCAAAUGUUUCUUAUGGAGAUGGCAACAUAGGGAAAACUUUGGGAUAUGGCAACAUCAAUCUUGGAAAUGUCAUCAUUGAAUCUGUAGCUCUGGUCUCAGGACUUAAGCACAAUGUGCUGAGUAUAAGUCAAAUCCGUGACAGAGGAUAUCAAUUCAAUUUCUUUCAAGAACAUUGUGAAGUUGUUAUCAAAAGCACCGGGAAAGUUGUUCUAAAGGGAUACAGACAUGGAAAUAUCUAUGAAACCAAGCUCUCUUUAAACUCUAAUAACUCUGCAAUUUCCGUUCUAGGCAGAGCUAGUGUUGAAGACAGCUGGAAUUGGCACAAGAAACUUUCUCACAUGAACUUUAAUAACAUAAAUGAAUUAGUUAAGAAGGAUCUUGUAAAAGGACUGCCCAAAUCAAUAAGAUCUUCUUUCAAAAGUAAAACUGAGUCUUCAAUUCUUGAGCCUUAUCAUCUGCUGCCUGUUGAUCUGUUCAAGCCAGUAAAUGUCAUGUCCAUCGCAAAGAAAAGAUAUACUCUGGUUAUUGUUGAUGAAUACACCAGAUAUACAUGGGUAUACUUUCUACAUAGUAAGGAUGAGACAUCCUCUCUUCUGGUUGAGCAUGUCAAGCAACUGGACAAAAUUUCUAAAGAUGCAGUAAAGAUCAUCAGAAGUGAUAAUGGCACUGAGUUCAAGAAUUCAAAAAUGGAAGAGUUCUGUAAAAUAAAUGGAAUUAAGAAAGAAUUCUCUGUACCUGGAACACCUCAGCAAAAUGGUGUAGUGGAGAGAAAGAACAGAAUUCUAAUAGAAGCUGCAAGAACCAUGCUGGAAGAAGCAAAACUGCCAACUUAUUUUUGGGCUGAAGCUGUGUAG